AUGGCAUCCUCGGCGUCCUUGCUUCAUUACACAACACCUCCCAUCAGAAUACCUGGCGACAUAGAUCUGAACCACUACUCACUACCGUUCUCUUCCUGGAACACCAUCGUCGUCAGAAAAGUUUGGAUCUCCGGAAAAAACUUACCAGAUAUUGAAACCCUUUUCACCGGUCUCUUCCUGGAAGACCACCACCGUCAGAAAACCAUACAAGAUGUUGAAACCCUUUACAGAUCUGUCGAUCUAUCUCGAGGUGACGAUGAGGCUAUGGAAUGGCGACGCUACAGGAGAAGAUGGAUGGUGGCGAUGACUCAAUCUGCAAACCUUGGCGACGUCGACUGA